AUGCAGUUUGCAGUAUCCGGUGUAAAGUGUCACAAAUUCGGUGCAGUAAUCUCCAAACUAGAAAAUGAAAAUAGUAGCAUUUGCUGCAGUUUUGUUGGCGGUCGUUUAUAUCGCGCAAGCGAUUGAAUGUCCGCCACAAAAUGAAGCGGACGUCACUCUGCUCCAAAAUCCAGACGAUUGCUCGUCUUUCUACCUGUGCAACGAUGGGAUACCAUACCUUAUGUUAUGUCCAGAAGGACUUCAUUUCAACCCUAGAUUAAGGGUGUGCGAUUUACCUGCAAAUGCACGAUGCCUAUCUGGAACAUCUACCACAGAAGAACCUGAAGAACCUUCCACGACCCCAGAAGAACCUGAAGAACCUUCCACGACCCCAAAAGAACCUGAAGAACCUUCUACGACCCCAGAAGAACCUGAAGAACCUUCUACGACCCCAGAAGAACCUGAAGAAGCUUCCACGACUGUAGGCACGACGGAACCCAAUUUGAACGCAACCGUGAUAGAUUAA